AUCCAGGCAGACACGUCACCUGGAGAUAUUUAGUCCAAUAAAUUUGCGGAUUUUUUAAUAUUUAAUAUUUAUGUGAAUUUGUGUGUUACAGAAUUCAUUAAAGCUUUAUAAAACGGAAAAUAAACUGCAACAACAUGGUGCUUAUCGCUGCAACGGUAUGCACCAAAUCGGGAAAAGCCCUAGUAUCCCGUCAGUUUGUCGAAAUGACCAAAGCACGGAUUGAAGGGCUUCUAGCUGCAUUUCCUAAGCUCAUGACGGGAGGCCGUCAACAUACAUUCGUAGAGACAGAAUCAGUGAGGUAUGUGUACCAGCCCCUGGACAAGUUGUACAUGUUGCUAAUUACUACCAAAGCUAGUAAUAUACUAGAAGACUUGGAAACAUUGCGGCUCUUCAGUAGAGUGGUACCAGAAUACUGCACUCAGCUGACAGAAACUGAAGUAUUCAAUCAAGCUUUCAACCUGCUGUUCGCCUUCGACGAGAUUGUAGCUUUGGGAUACCGUGAAAGUGUUAAUCUAGCGCAAGUGCGCUCUUUUGUUGAAAUGGACUCGCAUGAAGAAAAAAUUUUCCAGGCUGUAAGACAAACUCAAGAGCGAGAGGCUGCCAACCGAAUGCGCGAAAGAGCAAAAGAGCUGCAAAGAGAACGCCUCGAGGCUGCCAAACGAGGAACUCCGGCUAGAUCGCAGAUGUCAUUCGGCAGUGGUGGUUUUGGUAGUUCGUCGAUGUCAUCGGUGUCCAACGAGACACAUAUUGAGAAGAUACCGACAACGCCCGCGAGAGAAACUCGUACAAGCACGCGGUCGGCCAUGAAGCUGGGUUCCCGCGGGACAGACGCGGACAGCUUCGUCUCCAAGCUGCAGACCGAGGGCGAGAAGAUAUCUGUGACGCCACACGCGCCCGCUAAACUUGAAAAACUGCCCGCGCCUGACCAGAAAGACGUGCACUUACGCUUUGAAGAGCGACUGAAUCUAGUCGCUGGCAGAGAUGGAGAUAUUCAAACCUUUGAACUGUCUGGUUUGCUUACGCUUCGUAUCAGCAAUGAGCAGUACGGAAAACUCCACGUUCAUAUUGACAACACUGACACCAGACCCUUGCAGUUGCAGACGCACCCGAACGUAGACAAAGAGGCGUUCAGGUCUGAUGGAGUGAUCAGGCUGAAGCAGCCGCAGAGACCGUUCCCUCUGAACAGUGACGUGGGGGUGCUAAAGUGGAGGCUCACGGCUGCCGGGGACGACAGACCACCGUUGUCUGUCAACUGCUGGCCGUCAGAGGGCGCCAACGGCGGCUGCGACGUGAACAUAGAGUACGAACUGGAGCAAGACCAUGUCACGCUCGCCGAUGUCAACAUCAACAUUCCUCUGCCAUCUGGCAACAUUUCGGUGGUGGUCCACCAAUGGGAGGGAAGCUACACUCAGAAGGGCCGCACGCUCGUGUGGAACAUUCCGCUCAUCAACAAGCAGCAGAAGAGCGGAACACUCGAGUUCACAGUAUCUCCAGCUAUUCCUAACGAUUUCUUCCCGCUAUCUGUCACGUGGACGUCGGACACUUCAUUGGCCAUGUUGUCUGCGAACAGAGUGGUGCAAGCGGAAGAUGGUAGCCCUGUGGACUACUCGAAGGAGAUCUCAUUCCAUCCCGAUAAAUACGAGAUAGUAUAAGUAUCAGGAGUUUGUGUUCGUAAUUAUUUUUGGAAAAUCUUACAAUUCUUCUAAUAAAAUAGAAACUACUCACCAUGACAUUAUCUUUGGACCUAACGUCGCUUUCUUAAUUGUUACGGUGUGCAAAAUAAGCAUCACUAGGAUAUCCUAUCACUAAUAUUGGUGUUGUGAUGCUGACUAUUAUUAUUAUAAUGAUGAAAAAACAAUUUAAGAAUCUGGUUUAAGUAAAAAAGUGUUUAUUUAUCUGGCAGUACUAAGCGAAAUAGAACAACAGUAACUACAGACACAUUUACAAGAAAAGUCAAACCCGAACGAUAAAACAAAAACGAUAAAAACAAAGCAGUGAUAGCAUGAAAAUAUAACUGCUUAUGUGGGUACUUAUACAUAAAACAUACCCACAGAAGUAUAUUCCUAGAUUUAUUAUGAUUUAUAGAUUUUAUAAGUACAUGCUCUUCGUAAAGGGAAUGUGCGUGAAAAUAAUUUGACAUCUUGAAUGAUAGUUUGAAUGAUUUUCCAAAGGUAAUUAGAGCAUUUAAAAAUAUAAUUGAAUUUAUAAUCUUGUCUAAGAAAUUAUUGUAUUAAAUGAAAAUAUAUUAUUGAACAUU